AUGGUAGUUGCAAAUUUCCUAUACAUCAUAGAAAAGUUCAACGAUCCAUUGUUUACCUCCUCAACCGACUCUACAUCAACUAUUAUCCCACCUCCCAUACCCAACGCUCGUCAACGUCCUGCCCAAGACCAUUUGGUUAGUGUUAACCGUAUAGAAAAAUAUUGUGGCGGUAGAAAAACCGCCCCAAUUAUUCAAUGUCUUCGGUAUCUUCAGGAAAAUGAAACGGAUUACAUCCUACCCUACUACUCCAUUCACGCAUCCUCGCGGCCGCCGAUCUGUAGUCGAGAUUAUCCUCCAAUGUUAUUCCAUGUAUUCUGGAGGGGUCCAAUAAGUGAUAAAUUGGCAUUGAUGAUGAAAUCUUUUCUUUUCAGCCAGCCUCUCGAAUGUUCCACUCUUUACGUGUGGUUAGACUCCAAUAAUUAUACAGACCCUAGAAAAAGUUCUCACUUACGUUUACUUCAAAGAUUUAUCCCCAUUCAUAUAAAAUUCAAAUUUUGGAAUACCAGAGAACAGCUUUCUUCCAUUAAAUUAUUUGCUGAUUGGAAGAAUAUUUACCAUCGCCGUGCUCCAGUGUCAUUUAGUGACAUGGUACGAUUCGUGGUACUUUAUAAAUAUGGUGGCAUAUACAUUGACGCCGAUGUAUUGUUAUUAAGGGAUAUGCGUCCUCUAUAUUACGCGAAUUUCGAAUUUUCAUAUCGUUGGAGUUUCACGAGUCAAUACAAUACCGCUGUGUUGAGACUUCGAAGACAUAGUCCAACUUCCAAAAGGAUAAUCAGUCAAGCAACGAGAAACAAAAUGAAUUUUCAUCCACUACGUAUAAGGAAGUAUUUGAAGACAAAUAAGAAUUACAAAACGAAGGAAAUUAACAAACAAUUGUACAUGUUGCCUGUGGGAUUAUUUGAUCCGUUGUGGCUGAAAAAUGAUGGAAAACAAAUUGGACAUGCGCUGAUACCAAAUUUAACUCAAAUACAUGAUUUUUUCAACCCGAAGUUUGUGCUUGGUGAACUGAAGUCAAAUAAUUAUACUGAAUCCCCAUUGGAUGUGAGGAAGGUGGAAGGUUUUUUCCCGGGGGCAUUUGCUUACCACUGGCAUAAUAAUUGGAACGUCCCGAUUCAUCCCAAUUCGUGGGCUGGUGUCUUACAGACGGCCUAUGAUGAAUUUUUAAUGGGAUUACGAAGGAAUUUGUAUAAUGAGUAUGUAGUGGUGUCAUGA